AGUGUUGGAGUGUGACUUACACCCAUCAGAGUAUCUGUGCCUUGAAGGGGUCAACAGUGGACAUAUCCUGCUCUUACACAUAUCCCAGUAAUCAUGAGAUCAAACAAGCUUUCUGGUUUACUAAAUGGUCUGGUAUGGAGGCUGAAGAUCUGAGCUCAGCACCAGGGUAUGAGGGUCAUAUAGAGUACCUUGGGGAUAAGAAGAGUGACUGUACCCUGAGAAUCACAGACCUGAGAUUGAGUGACUCUGCUCGGUACAGAUUCAGAUUGAUAACAUCCGGAGAUCAGUUUUCUGGCUCACCUGUCUCCCUGACUGUCACAGAUCUUCAGGUAAAGAUGACAACUUCACUGUUUUCAAGAUGGGUGACCCUGAACUGUGGCACGUGUACUCUGACUGACAACCCCACCUACAUCUGGUACAAGAACGGACACAAAGUAAAGGAGGACACCUCCAGCCAGGACUCAGACUACCAUAACACUGAAGACAGCUUCUCCUGUGCUGUAAAAGGCCAUGAGAAUCUCCACUCUCCUGCAGUGUGUGUCCGUGGUCAGAAGUGUUGGAGUGUGACCUACCCCCAUCAGGGAGUCUGUGCCUUGAAGGGGUCAUCAGUGGAUAUAUCCUCCACGUAUGACAGUGGUUAUGAUACGAUCACAUCAACACUCUGGUUUAGUUCUAAACAAAGUUCCAGCUGGAGGGAUGAGUUGAUCCCUGAGGACCUAACCACAGACCCAGGGUAUGCAGGUCGUGUGGAGUAUGUUGGAGAGAAGGAGAGAGGUCACUCCACCCUGAGAAUCACAGAUCUGAGAGAGGAGGACUCUGCUGAGUACAAGUUCAUCUUCAACACACAGACAUCAAGAUGGGGACACAGUUUCCCUGGAACAACUCUGACUGUCACAGGUCUUCAGGUGCGGAUUAAGGAUCCAACCAACAUCACAGAGGGAAAGGGGCUUUGUCUGUUCUGUGAGUCCAUAUGCUUUCUGCAGGACAACCCCUCUUACAUCUGGUACAAGAACGGACAUCGUCUGUUCAGACACAAGACUAAGUACCUGAUCCUAGACCCAGUCAGCAGUGAGGAUGCCGGCAGAUACUCCUGUGCUGUAAACGGCCAGGAGGAUCUCCCCUCUGCUGAAGAGACUCUCACUGUCAGAUAUGGCCAAAGCAACACCUCAGUGUCAGUCAGUCCCUCUGGUGAAAUAGUGGAGGGCAGUUCAGUGACUCUGACCUGCAGCAGUGAUGCCAACCCACCUGUGGACAAAUACACCUGGUACAAGGUAAUAUACAAGAAAAUGUCAAUGAGACAUUCUGGACAGAGAUACACCAUCCAUAACAUCAGCUCUGAGGGCAGAGGAGAAUAUUACUGUGAGGCUGAGAAUGAAGUUGGAGCCAAAAUAUCAAAGCUUGUUCCUGUAAAUGUUUUGUAUAAACCAAAGAACACCUCAGUGUCAGUCAGUCCCUCUGGUGAAAUAGUGGAGGGCAGUUCAGUGACUCUGACCUGCAGCAGUGAUGCCAACCCACCUGUGGACAAAUACACCUGGUACAAGAAGAACGUAACCUCACCAAAAGCAUCAGGACAGAGUUACAGCAUCCAUAAGGUCAGCUCUGAGGACAGAGAGGGAUACUACUGUGAGGCUCUGAACAUUAUAGGGAGAGAGACUAUCCCUGUCCAUAUUAAUGUUAUAUCAGUGUUUUCCUGGGUUCCUGUGGUGGGGGUGGGGGCUGUCCUGACUGCUGGAGCUCUUCUUGUCACCAUCUACUUCUACAUGAAGAGGAGACACACAGGAGGAAGUGAUGACACAGCAGACAGACAGAGUGUCCAUCCUGAUCCUAACAGUGACAUGUACACAGCUCUGAACAUGAAGACCAGGUCACCAGAGUAUGACACCCUGGCAAAUGUGAGGGACUCCCCAGUGACACAGCCCCUCAAAUAGACACUUGGCCCUCCGAUUAUGAAAACUUCAGAGAACCACCACAGAACCUGGACUGAAGAGAACCACCACAGAACAUGGACUGAAGAGAACCACCACAGAACUUGGACUGAAGAGAACCACCACAGAACCUGGACUGAAGAGAACCACCACAGAACCUGGACUGAAGAGCAACAGCAUCAAACCAAAGCUAGGCCUCACAAUGUUAUUCUCUCACUAUCAUAUUGCUUUCUUAUCUAUUAGGUUUUCCAGACAAUGACCUUUAACUUUUGAGUGAAUGCUGGAAUUGAGAUUAUUUAUCUUUAGGAGAACACAGUAUGUAUAUAGAUGAUCAAUACAGUAUGUGUAUAGAUGAUCAAUACAGUAUGUGUAUAGAUGAUCAAUACAGUAUGUAUAUAGAUGAUCAAUGGAAUAGAUUGUGCUUCUGCUCUUUUUCUAUAAGAUUUUGCCAUUUCCAGAUUUUAUUACAUUUCACGUCGAAAUAUGUUGAACUAUUCAUUAGCUCUGCUCCUUCGGGGUAGCAGUAAACUAUAGCAAUCCCCCAGCAGGAACACAGAACCUAACAGGUGGAGGCUGGGGUGGUGGGAGGAGCUAAAAGCCAGCUCAUAAUAGCAGCAAGUGGCAGCAGGAUGAGUGAGCAGACCUGGUCAUCCUAAAUAGACUGCCAAAUAAGGUAGGCGUAUGUCACGCCUUGACCUUAGUUAUCUUUGUUUUCUUUAUUAUUUUGGUUAGGUCAGGGUGUGACAAGGGUGGUUUGUUUAGUUUUUGUAUUGUCUAGGGGUUUUUGUAUGUCUUGGGGUUUUUCUAGUCUAGGAGUUUAUAUGUCUAUGGUUGCCUAGAUUGGUUCUCAAUCAGAGGCAGCUGUUUAUUGUUGUCUCUGAUUGGGGACCAUAUUUAGGUAGCCAUAUUCCUCGGAUAUUUUGUGAGUUGUUAUUCUAUGUUUAGUUGCCUGUUUUGCACUAGCCAUAUAGCUUCAUGGUUCGUUUUGUUGUUUUGUAUAGUUUUGUUCAGUGUUCUCUCUUUCAUUAAAGAUUUAUGUACGCUUACCA